CCACCACUUGCUAAGUGCAGAGCAAGCUGUGGAUGACAGGGUGUUUGGAUCUCUUGCCUCUGCAGUCAUUCCCCAUCAGAACCUCCUGUGGGGCCUUGCAGCAUUUACAAACCUCAGGACUUUUUGUUCUCCAGGAAGUUUCUGAAAUUGCUGGCCCAAUGUGGGUGUUGAAGGGCGGAGUGGUUGUUCUGGAGGCUGUUUCCUCUCUCUUUUUCAUAAUAACUUGUACAUCCCCCUCAUGUGUGUGUGGUUGAUAGGACACAGGAAAGGGUGGGCUGUGCUGGGUUAGUGAUGUGACUCACACAUCACCCAUCUUCCAGGGUAAGCAGUGGUCCUGCUGUCCUCAGCAGCAACCACAAUUAAAUAAUUACACACAAUAGCUGCCCGAGGCUGAACAGGGGGCAAGAGACCAAAGCAAGUGAAGAUCAGUGCCUGUCACCAACCAGGAUGCUGGGGACAGAGACAGGAAUGGCUUUCUAUAUAGGACAAGAAAAGCUGAUAUGAUGGUGGAUUUUAGUGAAAGACAAAGCAAUUUCUCAGAACUGAAGGUGAACAUCUCACAGUUUGCAAUGCAUUACUUCUAGCUCAAGAGAAAUGUAUGUUGACCCCAGUCACAAGAGAAAAAGAGGAAUUUCUAUGAGAGUUUCAAACUAUUAUAAAAGCAAUGCACACUUAUUCUGUGUCAACAAUGUCUAGUAGCUCUUAAAAAAAGUAACAUCACAAAGUAAAAAAUACUUGAGCCAAAUCAGCAGAGUAUUUAAAAAGUGAAAAUAGGAAUGCUAAUAAGAAGCAACCCAUUCUCUUUUUAUUUCAUUCCACAAAAGCCAUAAUCCAACUGUUGAAAGUUAUGUUAAUUUGAAAAUAAUAAAAUCUCUUAAAGAUGCAUAUUCAGAGGCAAUAAAAGAAGAUAAAACUAGUGCAAAUUUAAAGUUGGAAAGUGAAAAAGAUGGUCAAAAGAAUCAUAAGGAAAAAAUCAUGGCCAGGGAGUUAAGAAAAGAAAGAAGAAUGUAAGUAUCUUGAGCACAAGCAGAAGCUUGGCAGCACUGUUAGACCAUUGCAAGUCUGUGUAUUCAAACUAUCAAUAAUGACAAAGCUGAAAGGUGUCAGUGCUUGAUGCAUCUUUUUUUUCCCCCCAAAAUGACAAACAAAUGCCUCCACAUCAUGUGAUAGUUAAGCAUGUUCAAGCAAUAAUUUAGCUGAUAAGCUGGGGAGUAGGGGAAGCCCCCUUGAGCUCACUGGAUAUUUUCUGGUGAAACUUCAAGCUUUGUGGAUAAUGGCAAUAAAACUUCUGCAGUUAAAAUAUAGCUUUGAUGGCUAGUAGGAAAUUAAUACCAGAGGCUUCCUGACAGGAAACUGAUGUAACUGCUAACAGGUUUCUCUUCUGAUUUGAAAAACCUCUUUGAUGUGAGAAUUGUAAAGAAAUUAGUAUAAGUACAAGGAAGAUACAGGCUUAGAAGUCCAGUAGCCAUCAUACAAAUGUGAAAAAAACAAUCUAAAAGUCAUUGUGUCAGCAGCAUCCUGACACUUGCCGAUUGUAUUUAAAAAUAUUGAGUAUCUGGGUCUGACUGCUGUGAUGCAAGCCAGAAAAAUACCUUUGUGCAGAGAGAUUACUUAAUGAGCAGGCAUUGGGAAGGCUUGUGGGGGCAGUAUAUAACACCAGGGAGAUGGGCUGUGAGGCCAAGGUGGGAGGGGAUGUGAGUGCCUUGCAGGGAGCUGGGGAGGCUGAGCACCAUCCCCAGCCCUGCUCCGUGGGAAGGUCUCUGACAGAGGAACCUGCUUUGUGUGUGGUGAAUGGGGCACUUGUUGGUGUGGCAGUCUGGGCCACUGGGGCUCGUGGCCAGAACCCCUGGGCAUCACCUCUCCAGCAGUAGCUGCACUGCAGGGCCACAGGGCUGCCCGGGCACAGAGCCCCUCUGCGCUGCGGGCAGCUGUGCAGGGGAGAGAAAUGUCUGCUGCCUGCUCCUUUGGAUCCAUCUCUCUCUGCCCAGCUUUUGCUGCCUCCAGCACCCAGCAGCUCUCCAGGAUUUCCACGUGCUUUUCUUUUUUCCAGGAAAAGAGGGCUCAUUCAAUGUGUCUUGUGCAAUUUCCCAGGGUGUAUCCCAGCCACAACACUAAAAGCAGCAAAAGGAUGAGGCACUCCCACACCAAGCAGUGCUGCACACGUGGAUAGCACCCAGCAGGGUGGCUGCCGUGGCUGAAUUAUGUCUGAACAAAACCCAGAGCUUUGUUGGGCAGAGGAGGACCUUUGUACAACUGCAUCUCUAUCCCACAGGGAGAGCAUAUGCACUGCACUGGCUUUGCUGACAGUGUAACUUAUGAGUGCAUUGUCCCCUUUUUGCUGACUCCCCUCCUUCUGAACCAAGGAAACGGAACUGGGAGAAAAUCCAGGAGCCACCCUCAUCCUGAGGCAGGACUGGCUACGCCAGCGCUGGCAGACAGAAAUGUCAUUUUUCUGAAGACAACUAAUGAGCCUUCUCUACUCUUCUUUUUUGCAAACUUGACAAUUCAAUUCCUUCAAUCUUUCCUCACAGGUCAAGCUUUUAAGCUUGUGAUCUUUCUUGUUGUCUUCUGGAGUUUCUCCAAGUGGUGUCCAUCUUUCCUGAAAGGCAGUGUCCAAAAUUGGUCAUAGAACCUCACAGGAGGAUUUACCAGCUUUAGAUGGAGGGUAGGAUUACUAUAAACUGCUGUAGCUGCAAUACCAUUUUCUCUGGAAAAGCCACUUAACAGAUUGCUCACCACACUGUGUUUGGGUGAUGGCUCUUACCUAAAUGUCAUAUUUGCUUUUGUCCUUAAGUGAGUUAGAUGUUCUCACCAGGCUCUCACCUAUUUGUCAAAUUCAUUUUCAGUUCCCGCCCAAUGUGUCAGUGUGCUUUGCUCCCAGCCUGGUGUUAUCCCAGCUACAGACACACUCUUUAUCUUCCAGCUCACUAAUGCACAGGUAUGUGUGCACAUGGGACAGUUCAAGCUGCCAAGCUGUAUAGCCCAAAUUCAUGGGACUCUGAGGGUUUUGAGACAUGUAGGGAUGCAUGAUUUCAGUAUCAAAUGUCUCUUGAGAGACAGCAUCCAAAAAACCCAUUAUACUGUUUGGAUUAUCAGUUUCACUGACACUUCAAUGUUUGUACUUCAGCACUGACAAGUAUUUCAUCUGGAAAAAUAUAACCCAGUAAAUGUGUAUUUAUUAUUCUACAUAGCACUACAAGGAAGGGCAGAGAUCACACCAGUAUUUAGGCUACAGUCUUUGCCAUAGGAAUAAUUAAAACUUGGAGCAGAGUCACCCGCACUGUUCCAUGUAACAGUUGCAAAAAGUGAUGUAAAAUCCUGAUCUGCAGCUUGAAUUCUAAUUUCAGCAUGGUGAAUAUCUUGUUCUGGUACUUUGAAAUAAAGCCCCUUAUACCAAAGCCAUUGACUUUCUGUAUAUGUGCUUGUUUGUAAAUUCUAAGACAAACCUGAGCCUCUUGACAGCCUAAGAAAAGAAUUUUCCAGUAUGCUGGCCUGAAACAGGUGGUUUACAUUACUUUGCAGCAAAGUCUUCCUAGGUAACUUGGAUACAAGCAUAUUUACAUGCAAAAGGCAGAUGAAGAAUGAGUAAGAAGUCAGCUAGGGACAGGGAAAAUUUCAUUAAAGGGUUGAUAAAUGAAGCAGUGUGGCUCUUCUGAGUGUUUAUGCACUCAGAUUUUUGGUUGUGCUGAGUCUGAAGACAGGAGUGCCUUUUGGGUAAUGUGCAUCAAACCCUGAACCCUGCAAGUUCAGUAACCUCACAGAGUAAUCAGUGAGGUAAUUUCAGGCAAUUCAGCCUGAAAAACUUCAUGACUACUGAAAUCUCAUUUUCAUUCACCAGGAGGAUGAUGUGUGGGUCUCCUCUCCAUGUUGAACAGCAGCACUGACUGCUCCCCUACCAUCACUGCCAGCAGAACUCCACAGACAUGAACUCCUGCAGUUAGAAAAUAUGCCCAGAUGCAUCACCAGAGCCCCUCUCUCCUGGGUGGGUUUGCUGAGUUUGCAUGAGAGGUUCUGGGUUGACUUAGCACAGCCUGGGAUGGUGGAGGACCAUGUUUCUGAGGUAGUGCAAGUCCCCACCUCCCUUCAUUUAGGCUGGGACUGUAUCAUCUCCUGUGGAAUGGGUUCACUGCUGUGCAAGGCCAGUCUCCUUGCAGCUCUGGUAAGAAUGCUCAAGAAAAACAUAAACAUGUAAUUCUAUAUGUAGAGAAGUGAUGCUGGACUCUUUAGAUAGACAGAAAAGACAAAAAAAAAAUCCAGAAAGGAUAAUUUCUUACAAAUUGACUAAGAGAAUAAAUUCUCUUAGGACUGGGCAUUUCAGAAGUUGUGAGAUAGAAGUGGAAGCCAGACAGAGAGAAUAGACUGACAAUAAAUAAAUUAGGGCUGAAAAUGGGAAUAUUUGUGACCACAAAGAGAAGAGCUGAGGGGGUAAAGGUGAUGGUGGGAACUGUCUCUGUCAAUGUGGCAUUUAUGCAGUGGAAGAGGGAUUGCCUUGCAGUACAACCCCUUGUGAUCCCUUCUGUAACAGACUGAGCAUGAACAUCCAAAUGAAAGAUCAAACAUCAGCUUUAUCUGUUGUGCAAAGUCAGAGCUUACAAAAAUAUUUGUAUUUAUUAGAGAUGAUGGGUUGCAGUGGGAUUGUCUGAACCAAGCAUGGCUUUGGUCUAUGCACAGCAUCUUUUCUGCUUGACAUUCCUAAUGUCAUUCCUUAAACAAGCCUUAGUUUCUGCUUAUUGCAUGUCUAAAAACAGCUGUUUGCCUGGCUCCUUUUAACUUUUGUUAGUAAGUCUUGUUUGGUGAGAAGGGAGUUGAGGGUGGGCAGUCCUGGCUGUGAGUGACAUCUCUUGGCAUCCAGAGAUGCUUUUGAUUUCAUGUCGUUUGGCUGGAGGGGUCAUUUCCUACUUGUCUUGAGCUCUGCAAGACACAGGAGUCAAAUCUACUUCCUUGCUUCCACACAGAGCUGCCACCCACGCUGGUGUGGUCCUCCCUGCUUAUUCACUAAUAGCAACAGGGUUUCCACAGCAAAAUUGCUGCUACCUGGAGUGACUGACAACAUCCUCCCAUUUCUCUGUCUUGGAGACAGAAAGGAUGUUAGAUCUGUUCCUGUUUUGAGGCCAUCACUGGAUGGAACCAGUGGUAGCCCCCACAAAAAAGCAAGAGACCAAAAUUGGAAACAGAGAUGCAGCUGGGCUGUGCUCCAGCAUCUGGAGAGUGCUCAGUGCCUGUGCAGGCGGGCAGGGCUCCAGCAGCAAGCAGCUCUGAGCUCUGAGAGGAGAAAAGCAGCAUCAUUUCUAUGCCUACUUAGGGCCCUAUGGGAUGUUUUAGUCAGUGCACACAGUGGGCAGGGUGGGAGAAAGAGUAGAGAUCUGUCUCUGCUUGGAUUCUGACUGGGCACAGGGACAGAAGAUCGUGUCUGCUUAAUCUUUAGCUGAGGAAAACUGCUAGUGGAAGAAAAACCCUGGGGCCUGGAAAUCAGUCAUGUACUGCUCCACUUGGUGGACACUGAGGAGUGUUUGCAUGGCAUUCAGCAGUGUGAAUGUGAAACUCUAAGCAGCUGGAGGAAGCUGGAAUAGCUUAAUUCUUUAGCCCCUGCAGAACCUGCAAUUUCACCUAGAGCUGAUGGAGAUAACCAAGGGCACAUAAAAGGAAACUUAUUGAAAUACCUCACCUUUCUGAACAACCAGCAAGUGAAAUUUACCUGCAUUGAAUUCUUUAGACAGAUUUGGAGUGUUGGUUUUUGUUUGAAUUUUUUAAAAUAAGUUUGUCUUUUUUUAAACAAGUCUGUCAAGUGUUCAAGUCUGUACACUUUGAGUGCUCUUUGGAAGGCUAUUACUUUGUUACACUACCUUCUGGAUUAUGCUUAUCACCUUGUACCUUUUCUUGUGUGUAAUAUUUCAAUACAAGACUUCUUGGUAGUAUUAGAGGUCACAGAGAUAGAUGGUUUGGUAUGGGAUAAAGCAAUGAAGUCACCCAGCUACAAACUCCAGAGUCCUGAAAAGUGCUCAUGAUAUUGAACUAAAAUUCAGGCAAAAGUCAUAUUCAGGGUUAAGAAAACAAUGUGCCUUGGCAAAAAAAUUACUGAUCUCAGGCUACAGGUGGGAUGAAGACAAUUAUCAUUAUGCCUCUGCCUUCACACAAGAGAUUUCUAGUUUAUAAUUAGGAUGGUCCAUUACAGUGAGAACAAUAUUCCUGCUUUGCUGCCAAUGCUGACACUCUCAGAGUGUGGCUGCUGAAAAGAUACAGCAGUCUGACAAUACCCAUCACAACAGGAAAUCUGAACAUCUUAGAACUUGUGCAAAGUCACAUAUCCUUAAUUCCUAUGACUGCAAACACGUAACAAAUUCGUUCAUGGUUGUCUCUAGGCAAGAUCUCAGAGGAAGGGUGGCAAUAAUUAUGUGGUUGUGCUGGGCAACUGUCAGCAGCAGUUUCAAUUUUCAGGCACGCUAACUUCAUAUCUAUAUUGUGCAGCUAAUUUUACAUUAUAACAUCUGCUUUAAUUCAUUUCUCUAGGGUUGAAAUAACUUUGUUCAAUGUAGACAUGCUCAGUGCUAUGAUAACCUGAGCCAACUACUCUCUACAAUGAGAAGGAAGGUCUCCCAGCUGUCAUGCUCUGCAGUUUCUAAUCACUUCAAGCCCUGAGUUCUGGGUGUUUUUGAAUAGAGUUGGAUAAAAUACAUUCUUACUUCCUACUGUCUGUCACAGGUACCAAACCAAAGAUGUCCUCAACAAGAAUGAUUCUACUCAUCCUGGCAUUCCUCUCUACUUUGGCUGUAAUUGCUUUAAUUGCUGUAGCAGUGACCCAAAACCAGCCACUUCCGGAGAAUAUUAAGUAUGGGAUCGUGCUGGACGCGGGAUCAUCCCACACCAACCUCUACGUGUACGAGUGGCCAGCAGAGAAGGAGAACGACACUGGGGUGGUGAAGCAGGUGGAGGUGUGUAAAGUUGAAGGCCCUGGGAUCUCAGGUUACUCCCAUGCCCCAGAGAAGGCAGGUCCCUCUCUGGAACAGUGCCUACAACAAGCAAAAGAGGUGAUUCCCUCAGCACAGCACAAAGAGACACCCGUCUACCUCGGAGCAACUGCUGGCAUGCGGCUUCUCAGGUUGCAGAAUGAAAGUGCAGCUGACAAAGUCUUGUCCUCAGUAGGAAACACACUACGCUCAGCUCCCUUCAACUUCCAGGGUGCCAGAAUCAUCACUGGUCAGGAAGAAGGAGCCUAUGGAUGGAUCACCAUUAACUACCUUCUGGGCAAUUUCAAGCAGCUUAUAAACCUUCUGAGAGCUGAAACAUCUGGCUGGAAAAAGCUUCUACACUCCCUGAAAUCUUUAAGUGAGACAUCAGGAGCACUAGACCUUGGAGGGGCCUCCACACAGAUUACCUUUGUAUCAAAGGAGCUCACUUCUGAGUCCCCAGAGAACCAGCUCUACUUCCGUCUCUAUGGCAAGGAUUACCAAGUGUACACGCACAGCUUUCUCUGCUAUGGGAAGGACCAGGCUCUGCAGCAGAAACUGGCCAGGGAUCUACAGACUGUGGAGAACAGCCUUCUCCCUGACCCAUGCUUUCACAAGGGUUAUGAGAGGACUAUAAAUAUUAGUGACUUCUUCAAAAACCCUUGCACAUCAGAAAAGAAAACGCAAUUACCUUUCAGCCAGCUGUACAUAAAGGGAGAGGGGGACUAUCAAAAGUGCCGAGAAAAUAUCCAGAAUCUCUUCGACAAAAGCAAUUGUCCUUACUCCAGUUGCUCCUUCAAUGGGAUAUACCUACCUCCAUUACAAGGGGAUUUUGGGGCUUUUUCUGCUUUCUAUUUUGUGAUGAACUUUUUGAACCUGACCAGUGAACCAAACCCCCUUGCUCUGAACAAAGUGACCAGCACCAUUGAGCGCUUCUGUGCCCGGCCUUGGCAAGAGGUGAAGACAGCAUAUCACCACAUCAAAGAAAAGUACCUGAGUGAAUACUGCUUCUCUGGAAUCUACAUCCUCUCUCUCCUGGAAAAUGGCUAUGAGUUCACUGAAAACAACUGGCAAAUGAUCCACUUCCUUGGAAAGAUUGAGAGCAGUGAUGCAGGUUGGACCCUGGGCUACAUGCUGAACCUGACCAACAUGAUCCCUGCAGAGGAGCCAGCUGGGCCCCCCCUCUCCCACGGCAGCUACGUGGGGCUGAUGGUGCUGUGCUCCCUUGUGCUGGUGUCUGUGCUCCUGUUUGCCUGGCUUCUCCUCCACAAGCCCAAGUGCCUGCAGAAGGGGAUUGUUUAGGAAGAACCUGAAGGGGAGAGGAGCCGUGUCAUCCUGGUUGCUCAGGGCUAGGAGACCCCAGCAGAGCAGGCUGUACUGCAGAGUCCCUCUCACUGAAGCUUUUGACUGUACAACAAGGGCAUUUAUUUCUUCUGAAUCACACUUGCACUGACAGACGUUGGGACAUCAGGCUCGCCACCUUCUCUGCCAAGGACAGACAAGCUCCUGUCCCCUCCUUGAAUGGGUCGUACUUUCAUUCAAGGAAACUUUGCUGCUUGUUGGUUUCUGCCUUGUGCACAGCAUUAUAAAGAGAAAAGUGGCAGCAAUCUUUGGGAGCCAGUGCUCCUGCAAGGGUUAUCUCAGGGUCACACAUCCCACUGAGCUCUUGGGAGCUAUCACGUACAGGGUGAUCCUGCUCCUUCUCUGCUGAAGCUGUUCCCAAGAGCCCUUUCUGCACCAGCACACCUCUGCUCACCUCCCUGCGCCCUGAGCUCUAGCAGCCCUACAGCUGGGUACAGCUCUUGCACCUGGCUGGCCCCUGAAGGUGGGUCAGGCUCUCAAAGGCCACUCUGGGAAAAGAAGGGAUGAGGAGGAAGAAGCUGAGCGUGCUUGUGGUCAUCAGCCCUUAGCUGGGCUCUGUCGGCUGUCAGCUCCUUUUGCAGGUGGCAAAAUGCCUUUUUCCCACAUCUUCCUGAUGUUGUUGCCGGACCAAAGCUGGCUCACUGUUGCACUGAGCCAUUCCCAUGUCCCUAAGGUACAUCAAGCCACAAGUUCCCAAACAGGCAUUGCUGCUUUUUAUAGGAAGAGCUUGUGUUGGCCCAGGUUCCUUGGCCAGUAGUGAUUGUCUGUGCCUGCAGGGACUCUGGUGGGAUCAGUGUGCCCUCAGGUAUAACCCACUAAAGCAAUCCAGGGUCACUGUGCUGGUAACACAGCAGCCUCCAGUCUAGGGAAAGUGUUUAUUAGUUAAUGCUCCUGUAGGCAGCUGGCAGCAGUUAAACAGCAUGAGUAUGCACAGAUUGAACCACUCUUUCCACCAGCAAAAUUAGUGAAGAUUUGCCUUUUCUUUCCUCAUAGCACAGGCUUAUCCUAUGGCCACAAGACCCAGGGCUUGUGAGUGCACAUACUGCAGCCCACACAAGUAGGACGAUGCCACUGAUUGAGUUUAUUAUUACUUUCUUCCAUGUUUUCAUUUCUUGGUCCAAAAAAAGAGAGGUAAGUCAGAAAUCCAUUUUUGUAAAAACACUCAGAAACCACUGGUGCCUGUCUACCUCCCACAAAAUCUCAGAAAUCUCUUCUCCUAAUGACCUGUAAAUGUGGAGGCAAAAAGAAAGCAGAUACUGUAGAGGGGAAGGCAUAGCAAAGACAGAUCUCUUUCCCCAAGCAGAGGUGUAGGCAGUGUGGAGGGGGUCAGGAUUUGCAACCCCAACAAUGCCUUCUCCUUUAGGCAAGCACAGAAACAGAGCUCUCCCUGUCUGUCCCUCUGCAUAGUCCAGGCCAGAAAAUGUCACCCAGUUAUUUCUAUUUCAUGCCUGAAAGCAGAAGCCCUAAUAUAUUGAAGGUCCUAAAGGUAAGGGAAAAAUCUACCAUGUCCUAAGAUCUUUGGGCAGAUCAUUGUUCUUCCAAAAACCUGUGUCGUAUUUUUGCUCUGAACUAGGUGGCUUCAGCUUCUGUUGGAUCUUGUUCUGCCCAUUUCCAAAAGACUGAGUAACUCUGCUAUUAAAAUCCCUUUUUCCUCAGUGGUGCUUGCAAGUUGUCAUUCUAUCAUAUUAAAUAGAUUGGUUUUCAAUCUGUAAAGUGGUCUCUGCAUGUCACUUGUGGCUCUCAACUCCACUUCUUUUAAAAAUUUUACAUCUUUCUGAAACCUGGACACCAAAGUUUUCAGCAGGUAGUGGAGUCACUAAUAGUGUAUAUAUCUGGUUUUGAUCUAUGCUUUAUGUAACCCUUUCAUAUAUCUCUGGUCCAGGUCUGUUCACAUAACAGAAAAUUUUUAGGCUUUUGAGUCUAGCUGGACUAUUACAACUUUUUUCCCAGUCAUGGCAUUUCAGAACAGACUCUGUCUCACAUCCUAUAUCAGUGUCUCUCAAUAUGAGCCAUUUUUCCUUCUGUGUGGCUCCACUGAAACACAUAUUAUUCAAAGAAUAUUGCCCCAAGCAGAUUAUCCAGUUCAAUCUGCAAAUGACCUUUCACCAGCUGUGAGUCUGCUGACCAGUUUUUGUUUAUCUGCAAAUACACUGCAAUGUCAGAAUUCAGCUAGGGAUGCAGCCUUCCUUCUGUUGUUUGCAGCAAAGACAGGUAGAUGAGAGAUGAGCAGCAGGUUUUGGCCAUGGAAGGCAUGCAGGAGAAACGUGUGAUCAGAGCUGCUUGUGCUGCCCAGACACCUCAUCUGCAGCACGCCCCAACCAUCACAUGCCACCUUCCUUGCAUACAGAGCCUUUGUAGCAGAGCAGAGGCCCCAGAGAAGCUCCCAGGUGAGCUGGUGCAUCCGUCCUUCCCGUGAACAACUUGGCAACCUGCAGAGUGGCAGCUCCUCUCCAGAGACCUCCUUGGGGAUCUGGCAGCUGCUCAGUUGUGUCCAUGAUGAGAACUGGCAGAUCCAUCAGGACAUGUCAGAAAUUGAUGCAAAAACUUCAUGUGGAAGUUGGAGUGGAAAGAAAGCUUGUUCUAGUCUGCUCUUCUUGUCCUUGCUAAGGAUUUAUGUGAAAGGAAAAUGACAAAUAUCUGGGAGAAGAGCUUUUACAGUAUUUUGUAUCUUCAUCGCAAGCCCCAUAGCAUUAAUACUGUUAGCUCCUGAUUCUGGAGCCAGGUGAGCAACUGGCAUCUUCACUUACUCCUCCUGUCUUAAUUAUCUCACUUUUUGGCUUGAGUUUUGGGGGGUUUUAAGCUUUAAAUAUGACUUGAGUGCAACAAAAGGGCCCGAACUAAGAUAAAUGCAAAAUAUGUUACAAUAUUUUUAAACCUUAUGACUUUGAGACCCCAUUCAUAAUUCAAUCUCUACAGGAUAAGAACUUCUAAGGUGACAACAUGCCAGUUGAGCAGCCUGAGGCUCCAGGAAUUGGUUGACUGAAGGCAUCCUGUCAGGGUCAUGUCACUGCCUGGUAGUGAACAUUCACAGAACGACCUAUGAUUGUUUUCUCUACAUUUCUCCUGUUAUUGCAGGACUUUAUUCAUGGAGGCUACUCAAAAUCCUGGGUCAAAGAGCUCAAGUUUAUGAACAUUCAUUUCUUUGCUUCUUGUUGCAUCUGAUCCAGCUGUAUUCAACUCAAAUGUGUGUUCCAGAGCCACCCAACAUGUACAUGAAGACCAUUAAUGAUACUGGAGGGAGUUUCCAAAUAUGCCAAUAAUAAUGUAUAAUUUCUCUUGUUAAUACAGUUGAUCUGCCUCAGUGAUAAUUAUCUAUGCCUUAUUUCUAAUUUGAUAGCUUCUGGCUUUCAUUUCUAGACACUUCCUGCUUUACCAAUUUGCUUUUCCUGGGUAAAAAGCAUCUUUUGACAUCACAUGUUCCUGUCUCACAUACUUACUCACUAUUCAGCUCUGCUGCACUGCCAAGACUCUAGACCUUGGUCUCUCCUGAAGAGAGAGUUCUCCUGGGCUCCUAGGAAGCUCUGAGAUGUGCUGCAGCAAGGUGGGAUGAGCGUCUCUGCUUUGGGUUCAAAUGUUGAUUGGUCCAUUUUUGGGGAGAUUCCUUGCAGAAGAAGUUGAUAGCUUUGCAGGGUGCAAGAGCAGCCUGGUCUCACUGGGACUGAUGACCUCUAUGAGCUCUGCUAUAUUUAGCCGAGUGUCAAGUGUGGGGCAAAACUAUUGGAACUUGUCACAAGAGAGCCUGGAUACCUGCAGCAUCCUCACCUCUUGCAGGAAAACUGUUCCCCACCACAGGCUAGGUACCUUUCACUCUUCUCCCUCAUAAAGCUGCCUCUCCUCUGUGCACAGGCUACAGCAGAUUUCUCCAGCCCUACAGCAAAGCACAGUGGGGCCUCCACUUGGAAGAAAGCUCUCAGAAGUGAGGCCAUCACCUCUGCACUGGAAGGCUGAUUUGAAGUGUUGGCACUGGCCAGGGCUUUCCAGUUUCUCCCAGAGCAGUUCUGGGCCGGAUGUGUGCCCCUUCACUCUCCACCCCAAUUCUUCCCAUGCUCUGUGCCAGGCAGGAUGUGCAGGCUCUGCAGGGCUGCCAGCUUUGUCACAGGCUCAACAGCCUGUUCAGGAGGGACUGGGGAGAGCACACAGCCCCUGCCACCCAGGCCAUGUGUUUUCUUUCCGUGGCCCAACCCUGAAGAAAUGGAUCUUUGUUUUGAUGCACACACAAGCCUCUGUAUGCUUAUCAUAAUAAAGACUUCUGAACUGA